GUCGGGGCGCAGCGAGCGCCGCCCGGGGGCAGUCGGGGACAUUCGGCCGCUCUCCGCGCGCAUGCGCUCUGGGCUGCCGCGUCACUCAGUUGGUCCUGACGAGUUGGAGCGACAGUGCGGCAGGUUGGCAAAGGCAGUAACGUUGCAGAUUUAACAAAGAAAUGGAGUCACCACUGCUACCUAAGGAAGCUGGAAAAUUUAUAGCCGAGAACAGUAAAGAUGUCUUUAUUAAGGAAGAAGGAGUCAAAAAGGUUGCAGAAAUGCUUUUUGAAAAGAGAAAUACAAAGGAACUUGAUCCAACAGGAUGGAAGUUGCUCCAUGACUUGAAUCCACAAACAAUGAACGAGCAGUCCAUUAACUGGGUAUUUGUUACAGACACCCUCAAUUUUUCAUUUUGGUCUGAAAAUGAUGAUAACAAGUGUUUGGUUAAGUACAAAGGCAAACUGCAUAGUGGCUUUUGGUCGCUUUGUGCUGCUAUUAACAGAGCGUUAGAUGAAGACAUUCCGAUCACCAGUGCAUCAUAUUUUGCUAACAUAACGCUUGAGGAACUGAAAUAUGUGCUGCGUUCAGAUACUGAUACUCCAAUGCCAAUGAUUGAAGAACGUCUUAGAGUGCUUAAGGAAGCUGGAAAUGUUUUGCUGGAAAAGUUUGAUGGUUCAUUCCUUAACUGCAUUAAGAAGAGUGAGAACAAUGCCCAGAAGCUGCUACAGCUUGUGGUGGAAAACUUUCCUUCAUAUAGGGAUGAAGCUAUGUUUCAGGAGAAGAAAGUUGCUUUUUAUAAAAGAGCACAGAUCCUUGUAGCGGAUAUUUGGGGUCUCCUGGAAGGAAAGGGGUAUGGUUUAUUUCAUGACAUUGCCAGUCUGUCAAUGUUUGCAGACUACAGAAUCCCCCAGGCACUUGUCUAUCUUGGAGCCAUGAAGUACUCACAAGAACUUAUGGAAAAACUCAAACAAGGUGUGCUCUUCCACUCCGGAGAUCGUCAGGAGGUGGAAAUCAGAGGUUGCUCCAUUUGGUGCAUCGAAUUAAUAAUGCAUCACAUCCGAGAACUUGGAGCACAAAAGAAAAAUGUGAAUAAAGAGAUCAAUUCAAUUCUCAUUGAUUACUACCUGUGGGAUUAUGCAAGAGAUUAUCGAGAAGAUAUGGCAAAUAUUCCUAUCCAUCAUGUACGAUGCAUCUUCUACUAGUUGGAUUCAACACAGUUUCUACAACACGAAGGAGAAACUUUUUUUUAUGGGGGUGGUAUGAUUGGAUUGCUUGUUGAUGUUAAGUUGCUGGCAUUUAACUUUUUUGCAUAUCUCCAAAAUCAUGACUUAAAAUUAUGUUAUUUAAAAAAAUAUUGUUGGAAUAGGUAACACAAGUAAAACAAAGUGCUGGAGGAAUUCAGCGGUUAAAGCAGCACCUGUGGAGGCGAAGAGAUGGUUGGCGUUUUGGGCUGAGAUCCUGCAUCAGGACUGAAAAUGUAGAGGAAAGAUGGCCAGUAUAAAGAGGUGAGAAGGUGGGUUGAGAUGAGAGCUGGUAGGUGAUAGGUGGAACCAGGUGAGGUGGAGGAUGAUGGGCAGAUGGAGCUAGUUGGGGGAGAGAGAUGGGGAAAUUGGAGACAGGCUGGUGGGUUAUAGGUGGAAGCAGAUGGAGCUGGAAGAGGGGAAGGGGAAGAUAGAGACAGGCUGGAAGGUGAUGUGGAACAGCAUAAGGCAGUGGUGAUGGGCAGAUGGAACCAGAUGAGGAGAUGAGGGAGGGGAUAGGAAUAGUCAGCCAAGGGAGAAGAAACCCAGGUGGAUAGUGUGUGGGUGAUGAGCAGACUGAACCAGCUGGGGGAGGGUAACAGAUCUAGUUAAUGAGGGUCGGGUGGGUGUGGGGGGGGGGGGGAAAGAACAAAGAGAAAG